AUGACAUAUUUCAAUGACUUUAUUGAGAUUAUGGAUUUGGAGGAUUUACUAACUGGUCAUCAAAAAUUUUCAUGGAGUAGAGGUUAUUGUGGUGUUAUGAGCAUAAUUGACAGAUUUCUUCUGUCAAGUGGCUUCGUAGCUCUUUUAUCUACUGUCAGUCAAGAAAUUGGAGCUAAGGAUGUCUCAGACCAUAGUCCAAUUUGGAUCAAUUGCAAUAGUCUUAAUUGGGACCUAAAGCCUUUUAGAACUCUCAAUGGCUGGUUGGAUCAUCCGAGUUUUGUUGAGUUUGUAGACAAGGAAUGGAAGAACUUGAAGUUUACAGGUACUGCAUCAUUUGUCUUAAAGGAAAAGUUGAAACACUUAAAGUCUAGUCUUAGAAGGUGGAAUGAGGAGGUCUUUGGAUGGGUAGAUCUUAAAUUGGAGGAUGUUGUUAAGAAAAUAAAUGUGUGUGAUGAUAAGUUUGUGUCUAUUCAUGGAGCGGAUGGGGCUUUGGGGUUGUCGAACAUGGAUGGGGAGGUCGACGCAAUGUCACAUGAGAGAUCAGAGGCAACUUGUUCCUUUUGGAAUAAUUUUCGAAGAAGGGAAAGUUUACUAAGGCAAAAAUCAAGAAUUAAGUGGUGCAAAGAAGGAUACUUGAACACGAGAUUCUUCCACAAUUUGUUGAAGGAUAGAAAUAUGAAAAAUUACAUUGGGAGCGUCGAAACAAUUUCAGGUAGGGUGUUGGAUGUAAAAGGCGUAAAAGAAGAAGUAAAGAGGUUAUUUGAAGUGAAAUACAGUGAGUUACCGUUUUGCAGUCCAACGUUGGAGGUUUCUUCAUUUUACUCAGCUCUCUCAGAUUGA